AUGACUGCUUUCAAGGCCUCCACUUGCUGCCGCCAGGGCGACGCCAGCGCCUGUGCUUGUGCCCAGCAAGCUACCUGCAGCUGCGGUCAACGCCCUGCUCUCCACUGCAACUGCGACAAGGCCGGCGCCGAAAACUCCAUCCAGACCGGGGCUCGCUGCUCGUGCCGCGCGCGCCCUGCCGGUGAAUGCACCUGCCAGCGCGCCGCCGCUGAAAACACUCGCCCUUCCGGUGCCACCUGCUCUUGCGGCCUCCGAUCUGCCGACGCCUGCACCUGCGAGAAGGCCUCUGACGGCGGCUUCAACCCCGCCAACGAGAUUGACUUCACUACGCGUAAAUAG